UUUAAAUCAUUUGUUAAUCAAACCAGGCGAAGCAAUAUCUUUUGAUAAAAAAAAGAAGUACACAUUUCAUCUUUAUAGUACAUUGUAGCAUUAAGAGUCAUCUGAAUUUUAUGAAAAAAUAUGAGAAAUUAACAAAAAUUUAGGCCGCAAAACAAUGGUUUACCAGCAAAAUAAAACACGGCACAGGAUAAUUUUUGCUGUUGGAGCAAUCUUACUGAUUUCAGGGAUUACAGGCACAUUUCUCGGAGUAUACCUCACAAGAAAUAACAAAAAUAAUGAGAAGAAUCAAUCCCAAUCACAGACCCAAGAAAAAACAUGUGACGAUGUUGUAAUUGUCGGAGCAGGUGUUAGUGGAUCCUAUCUCGCCUGGAAGCUCCGAAACCAAAAUUUAACUGUAACAGUAUAUGAGUAUUCUGACAGGGUCGGUGGCCGGAUGCAUUCUGUACAUUUCAAGGACAUUCCUGACAUUAAUAUUGAGCUCGGAGCUAUGCGAUUUCUUCCAGAUUUACAUCCUUUGAUGAAUUCGACAGCUCAUGCGCUUGGUUUACAUCUAAUUGACUUUAAGUCUGGAGUAGGACAUAAUUUAGACACACUAAUGUACACUCGUGGUCAACAUUUCAAGCUACUGGAGGCGACUACCAAAGGACCUUACAAUCUUUUGCCAAAUGAAAGACUCAAGGAUGAUAGGCAUCUACGCUGGUCCAUUUUUAUCAACGAGACAGAUUUCUUAACUGCCAAACCCGACAUCCGGAACAUAUCAUCUAUGCAGUUCUUGAAAACUAAAGACGGUAUUGAACUGUAUAAACAAAGUGAAGUGGUUGCUGAUGCUACAAUGGGUUUAAGUGAAGAAGCAACAGAGCUUCUCCGAGACACAUUUGGUUUCCAUGGUUAUUAUGGAGAUAUAUCUGCUGCCGUUAUUAUACCAGGGCGAGAUCCAGAUGGACCAGUCAAAACAUUCCCUGUCAAAACAAUAUAUAUGGGAAUGGAUCAAAUACCUCAAAGAUUAAUAUCUGAAUUUCUCAAUGCGUCGUCAAGCAAUCGCCUACAGAUCAACCAUCGGUUGAAAAAGAUCGUGAAAAGAAAAGACGACGCUUUCAAUCUAGAACUUCAGAAAACUGUUACCACCAAUGGUUAUACUGUAGAAACUACCGACGAUAUAUCAGUGUGCGCAAAGAAAGUUGUCCUCGCAGUGCCAAGAUUACCACUCGGAGAGAUAGACUGGACCGGUCUACAAAGUGACGACGUAGCUGAUAUUAUUCAGAACGCUGCACGAGACACUCCCGCUGCAAAAGUGUUUCUUGCAUUCGAUAAACCAUGGUGGCGAGAUACAAAUUAUGUAACAAAUCAUUUUUUAACCGACAGACCAAACAGGCAAACAUACGAUUUCGGAACUUCAGCCAUAUCGAACAGAUCAGUUCUGCUGGCGGUUUACACAGACAUGGAGGACGUGAAAUUUUGGCGUGAAUUACAAUCGUCUGGAAAUUCUUACAAAAAUUGCUCAUUGUCAGCAUCUAGCUGCGCAAGUGAAAGGGUAAUUACAAUGGUACAAAAGUUUCUGGCUGAAAUAUAUAACGUUUCUUUGAAUGAUAUACCAGAGCCAUUAGAUACGGCAAUAUCUCUUUGGGACAAAUAUCCGUCCGGUGCUGCUUGGCAUGUGUGGAGAAAAGGGUACAUCUGGAAUCAGGUUCAAGACCGAAUGAUACAGCCAUCACCGGCAGAUAACAUUUAUUUAUCGUCUGGUACUUUUGACCCUAGAGAAAGUGACGCAUGGGCCGAAAGUGCAUUGAGCGCAGCUGAGAGCGUCUUCAAAAGAAUUGUAAAAUAGUUUAAACUUAAUCAUUCCAUGCCAUCGAUAACUAAAUUGGUUAAACAGACAGUAACAAUUCUGAAACAUCAUCAGAACUGACUUGAAUUAUACAUGUAGUUCAGCUUUACUUUCAACAAAGAUUAUCUGUUUUUGUAAUAAAGAUCUACCUGUAUAUUUGAAGAUGACCUUCAUAGUCUAUAUUGACAUGUCCAUGAGAAAAAAAAGACUAAUACUAAAGACACACGUGCAAAUGAAAACGUAACAUUGCUUAAUCAUGGGCAUACUUAACCUGUUCAUUUGCUUGCAUAGAAAAAUAAA